AUGACACGAGUGCCAGAGAUUACGGCCGGCCGACCUCAGGAUCCAAGACAGAAGCACGUGGCAUCAAAGCUGGCUAGGGAACCACCCAAUCGGUUCAUCAAGUUCGGGCCACUUUUCUACAUCUACGCGCACUACUCCGAAAAACUAGUGGGGAUGUUAAUUCGAGCACGAAAAUACAAGCUUUUGGAUUUCGAAGGCGAGAUGCUGUACCAGCGACAGGAUGACGAUAAGAUCAUACGGUUGCUGAAGCCGAUUGAAGAAAUUCGCAAAAUUUCGUUUUCUGGUGACCCGGUGAAUUGUAUGGCAGUGGCCGAAGGAGCAAAAUGA